AUGGAAGCUGUAAUUUUCACAAAAAUCCUCUAUUUCUUCACUCUUUUUCUGACGCUUUUAUUUAUAAUCACUUCCGUAACAGGCCAAUCGCCAUGCAACGGUACAAUAGCUGAGUGUAACGAAGAGUUGGAGAUAUUAAUGGAGUCUGAUAUUAGUAGAAGAUUUCUUGAAGAAAGAAAAAAGUAUAUAUCUCCUGGAGCUUUGAAAAGAGAUCAGCCGGUUUGUAACGGCGGCGGUGGCGGCGAACCGUAUUCCCGAAGCUGUCUUCCGCCGCCGUCGAAUCCGUAUAAUAGAGGUUGUUCUAAGUAUUAUCGUUGUAGAGGUGAUCAAUGA